UUUAAUUCAAAUUUUAAUAUCCACCAUGCAGACUAAGAAAACAUUUUAUACAAAGAUAAGAUAGACGAAUAUAUAAUAUAUGUAUAUAUAUGAUUCACCCUGCAAGAGUCUGGCCAUGUAAGAGUAUAGGAAAGUCAGCAAAUUGCACCAAAACAGAUCAACACUCUGUUUCCAUUAAUUUUCUUUAAUUUUCUGUCAAAGUGAGUAUUGAGGAAGUAGGCACAGAGAAGGAGGUACAUUUGUGAAGGAGAAUAUAAUAUAAGUUGUGUCCUUUUCGUUAGUUCUUUGUUUUCACUGCCUUUUGGCUUUCCUUUGUAUCCUAUUUCAGUCCCUUUGCAAAACCUGCCAUCUCUGAAGCUUUUGUAUCAAAUUUUCUAUAGAUAUAACCUCUUCAGAAUCUGUGGGAAAGUUUUGCCUUUUGGAAGGUUCUUAAUCCAAGAAAAGUAGGGAAAUUUUGGAUGUUAAAGUGGAGCAGAUGGUGUUUUUGUAGAAAUUUGGGAAUGGAAGAUAGAUAUAGUUUUCCAUCCUUGAGAGAUGGGGAUUUUGAGGAAGAAGAUGUUUGGGCAGUUCUUAAGGAAAGUAAGGAUUCAACUUACAGGGUUGGACAUUCCAGUGAAUCUUCCAUUCCUGAUAGAGGACAUGUUCCAAGUGCUGCAAGAAUGAUCCCAAGAACUUUGUCUGCAAUUAAUAACAGCAGUAACAUUGGCAGUUGUUGUUCUAGUUACAGUCAUGAGGCUAAUGAUGUUAAGCAGCAAUCAGCCCCAGAAAACAUCCCUGAUUGGUCAAAGGUUUCUACAAAGAUGAGGAAUGGUUCAUGGCAUGAUGAUGAUGACGAUGAUGACGAUGAUGAUAAAUACAAUUCCAUGCUUCCACCACAUGAAAUUCUUGCAAGGAGGCUUGCAAGGAAUCAGAUUUCGUCAUUCUCAGUUUUUGAAGGUGUUGGUAGAAAACUAAAAGGGAGGGAUUUGAAGAAAGUGAGAAACGCUGUUUUAACAAAAACAGGUUUCCUUGAAUAAUGUUAUCACAUGGUGAUCAUUCAUAAAUGAUAAUUGAAAGAGUUUCCUCUUUCAGUUUUCAUGCUAGUUUAUUUCAGUAUAUAGAUUCACUUUUACGUUUUUAAAUAAUUGAAUCAAUCAAUGAUGAUUGCCAUAUUAGUUAAGAGUUGAAGAUAUAUAAUGGUAAUCCAUGUACACGUACGUGUAUUAAUAAAAGUGCGUAUCAUAUUGAUCGUGUUUAUUAUA